GCACGUUACUAACACUGAAGCACGCAGGGGUCCGGACGAAGCAUAACAUAAUAAUUUUUGGUUGUUAUCUAUUAAAAAUUGCUGACCAUGGCCUAUGACUUGAAGAAGGAGUCAGACGUGAAGGAGUACGUAGAAAAGCUGGGCGUGGAAUAUCGAUUCGGGUGCUAUUCCGAGAAGAAGCCGGAAGCGUGCCACUUGCUGGGCGACUACUUGGAGGGCAUCAAGAAAGACUUUGAAAAGGCCUCCAAGGUGUACAAGUCGACUUGCGACGACUAUGGUUACGCAAAGUCCUGCUACAAAUACGGCAACUACAGUUUCCUUGGAAAAGGCAAGAGCGGUAGCAAGGGGAAUCCACAAGUGGCCUACGAGUACUACGAGAAGGGCUGUAACUUAAACGACUCGGACGCCUGUCUUCACUCCGGCCUGCUGCUCGUUUCAAAGUCCAUGCCUAGGGAGAUCGACUGGAAUGUGCCCAAGGGCCUGGAGUUUCUGACCAAAAGCUGCGACUUGAACAACGCCACUGCCUGCUUUUAUCUCUCCGGGAUGCACAUCUCGGGCGUGCAAAAGAAGGCGGAUCAGAGUGCUGUCACUGCAUCCUCCGGAAGUGGUACAUCAUCACCCCCCGCCGGACAACCGCCUUUAAAGGACUCCGACUAUAUUGUUCUAAAAGACAUGAAGAAGGCUUUCCAGUUUGCCCACAAGGCUUGCGAGCUUCGCAAUAUGUAUGCGUGUGCCAAUCUUAGCCAGAUGUACGCCCGGGGCGAUGGGAUCGAGAAGAACGAAAAGGAAGCGGAGAAGUACAAGAAGCUGGCCCUAGAAAUGCAGGACGAGGUGAAGAAGCAGCAUGAUACGUUAGGGUUCCAGCAGGGCGUGGGCAUGCCUAAUUGAUAAUGCUUGAUUCCUGAUAUUAUCUGCUGCUACUGUUUUUAGACCUUGCUUCAGGUCAGGUCAGGUUUUUCUUUACCUUCUAGCCCUUUUCAGUAAUUUUCAGUCAGUCUAAUUUUGGUAGUUAAGCUAACUAACUUGUGUUUGAGAUUUCUGUGUACAUAGCUGGCACUUGCAUGCGAAAGAGCGAGAAAGAGAAAAUAAGUAACAAUGGAAAUUCCUAGAUUUAAUUGUUAAAGUUAUUAAGUGAUGAUGAACCCUUUAAAAAUUUUGUUGAUACCUUAUAUGAAUAUACAAACAAGUCUUACCAAAAAAGUAGACAAAAAUCUUCAGUUAAUUGUGUUUUAGUUACGGUUGCUUGUGCACAAACUGUUGUUCUAAUAUUAAUGUAAGAACCAGUACAUUUUUCUGAUCAGAAUCGCCUGCUAAUCCGACAGCCUCAUUUUUUUUUUAAAUCUAGCACAUUAUAACGUAAUUAAUCGUCUUGUAAUAUCUGCAUGUCCUUUCCUCGAAUACCUUCUCAUGAAGAUGUGCACUACAUUCGUUCUAAAGAAUGUAAAAGGAAAAAUAAUGUGAUUCUGCUUCGUCCACAAGUCUAAAAAACUAUUGCGUUUCUACACAUACAAGUCUUUCAGGCGUAAAGAUGUCUUUAUAAAACAUUCCCAAAAUAUUUUAAAUUUGCAGCUAGAAUAUAAGUCGGAAUGGAAUCAUAUAUGUAGAUAUGUAGCUGAGAGAAAUAGUCGAAACCUUCGGGGUUUUUGAUCAAAAAGUUAUUUUUGGUUUAUACAGUAUAUUAAAUUUCGGCUGGAACUGGAUCGAAAUUGCUAUAUCUGCUUUUGGCUGGACCUAAAUGAAAAUUGGUCUACUUAUCAUAUACAUAGCUGCCAUGGUAAUAGUCGCACGAGAAAUCCGAAUUUCAAAUUAUUAAGGUAACUUAAGUUAAAGUUUAAAACAAAUGUUCUUCAAACAAUUUAUUAAAAUAUGUGUAUAAAAUAUUCGAUUUUCUUUUCAAAUUUCAUUGGGAUACUAUACCAAAACGGUUUGUAGCGUUCGGUUAAUGUCAGAGGCCAUAAACUAUUUAAGCAUAACAAUAGCUAUUUCCUUUUAGAACCAUUACUGCUCAAAGUAUGAGGUAUUCUGGUAUUACUACCAACCAAUCAAACACCUUAAAUGCCUUUUUUAAAAUUUUUAUGUUAAACAAAAACAGCUUCUAGCAAGGUGGUAAAAAUUUAUUUUUCCUGGUAGCCAAAAAUUCUAAAACAAUAAGUACAAUAAUACCCAAUUAUUUGUCUAUUAAAGAAACAUUGGUUAAAUGUAAUUGUCAUGAUUUGUUUUCGAGAAAUGGGCAAGAUUUUGUUAACGGAAAACAAUAAUAUUUUAAGCAUAUUAAAAAAAAUUGUAACAAAAGUAUUGACACAGGCGUCCCCGCCAAAGGAAUAGGCAACACUUCGCAAAAAUGUGGCUGUGAUGAACUUUAUGGGACCUCACAGACUCAAACUGUGUGCAAGUACUAAAAUAUCCCUGGUACGAAGGCCUUUUAGUGCCAUUAUGAUAGAACUUUACAAAUUCUUACAAAUAUUAUCAAAUUGUAAAAUAUUCAUACGAAUCAUUAAAAAAUUAAUAUGAUAAUUGUGUAAUCUUGUUGUAAGGAAUUUAAGUAUGCAUGUAAAUGGUUCUGAACGGACUGUAUCUAUAUACAGUCUGUUUGUGCAACACUUUCUCUGUG